CUCCAGCGCGCGCGCGCACACAAUUUUUUUCCCCCUCUGUAAACCCUUGCAGAGUGUGGGGAGAGUGUAGAAUGAGAUAACAGGGCUGCAGGAAAUCCCCGGGAUUGGUGUCACCGGGACAGUGGGAUGUGUGAGUGGAUUUGGACUUUGGGUUUGAUGCAGCAUUUCGGAGAAACUUCACCUGCCAAGUCUCCUUUACAGCUCUGCAUUUUCUCCAAUAACUUACACAUUCUGGAGCAGGAAGGAGACUGAAAAACAAAAUAAAAAAAAGAAAAGAAAGCACACGAUGGAAGUGUGUAAAGGGAGACUACUGGGCAUCUCGGUGGCGAUCGCGCACGGCGUUUUCUCCGGUUCGCUCAAUAUCCUGCUGAAGUUCCUCAUCACCACGUACCACUUCACGUAUCUGACCCUGAUCCAGUUUCUGACCAGCUUCACUGCGGUGAUCACGCUGGAGGUCCUGCGCCGGGUUGGUGCCUUGAACAUCCCGCCGCCGAGCGCGCGCCUGGCCCGGGUGUUCGCCGGUGUGUGCGCGCUCUCCACGCUGCAGUCCACGCUCACCCUGUGGUCUCUGCGCGGCCUCAGCCUGCCUAUGUACGUGGUGUUUAAACGCUGCUUGCCGCUCGUCACGCUGGCUGUCGGGGUGUGUGUGCUGCGUGACGGAGCGCCGUCAGUCGGGGUCACCGUGGCUGUGUUCAUCACCACCUGCGGAGCGGCACUGGCGGGUGCAGGAGAUCUCACAGGCGACCCUUUUGGCUAUGUGACUGGCGUUUUAGCUGUCAUUAUCCAUGCCUCAUACUUGGUACUCAUCCAAAAGACAAGUGUGGAUAGUGAGUACGGCCCACUGACAGCUCAGUACAUUAUCGCCUUGGUGGCCUCACCCGUGCUGCUUGUCUGCUCCCUCGUGAGCAUGGACGCCAUCAACAUGUGGACCUACGAGGGCUGGAAUAAUCCAUUAAUCACAGGAAUCUUCUGCAUCUGUGUUGUGAUUGGCUGCGCCAUGAAUUUCACCACGCUGCAUUGUACGUACAUCAACUCAGCAGUGACCACCAGCUUCGUGGGAGUGGUAAAGAGCAUCGCUACCAUCACUGUAGGCAUGCUGGCCUUCAGUGACGUUGAGCCCACCAACCUGUUCAUAGCCGGCGUGGUGGUCAACACCAUUGGCUCCAUCACCUACUGCAUAGUGAAGUAUUACGAGACCAAGAAGAAGCUCAGCUACCAGGAUAUGGACAAGGCCAUGAAGGACGAGGAACCACCCGGAGAACCAUACGUGGAACCUCCUUCCAAACCAGAUGGAGAUGUGGAGAGAUUUCCAAACGGCUGCAUGACUGAAUCAUUGGAGGAUAGUGGCCCGGGUCAUGUGUGUGACAAUAAAGUUCCAGAGUCUAUAGAGUUACAAACAUCAGCACUGGCGCCAGAGAGCGAAUCUGAAAACCAGAAUUUAAGUGACAAUUUUGUGGGCGUGUGGAGAUCAGUGCGCACCUUAAAGUUCCUUAAGAAAGACACUUUACUGGACAAUAUGGAGGUGCAGACUCCUUGAUGAAGGUUAAGAGAGAUGCAUGCCAAGUUAAAAUAUUCUCACAGAUUAACUAUGUGAGGAAUGCAAGUGGAAUGUUGCCUUUUAUUACUCAUUCUCUUCAACCUGGACUUGUGGAAAGCGAAUAUUUUUUAAAAACAACUUAUAUGUUUCUAUGUUGGCUGAAACCAUAUAUUGGCUGUUUUUAAGAAAGGGACUUUUAUGAUGACUAAUCAAUUGAUCAACAGUCUCAGUAACUUGUAUGGCAGUUGACUGAUCCACAUUAAAGGAGUGCUUCUUCAAAAAAUGAAAUUUAUAGUUUUACUUGCUGGUGCAACUGCACCAGAUGCAUUUGAUCAGCCAAGACAUAUUUGCUGUCUGAAGUUUGCUUAUUUAGUUUUGACAAAUGUAGCUAAUAAGUAAUAGAUGUCUCCUUCAAAACCCUUUUCUGUAAAUAUCUGCCUCAACCCUCACUCAGGUCUUCAGUGACAUACUUGCUGAUGACACAGUGUAAAUUACAGACUCCCUGUAAUCAAAAAACAUGAACAAGAUUCACACUGAAAACUUGGCAGCCAUCUUGGAUAACCCAAAAUCACUUUCCUCCUUUGUGAGGUUUGUAUCUCUACUGAAAUUGAGAUGCACUGAAAUUUUGCUCAUACGCUCUUAGAAAAGGUUGAUUCAAGUGAUUAAGGAUUAUGGGUUCCAGAAGAAUUCUACUUAUAAUGCAUUUUUUUUUCAGCUAAACACUGUUGUAAGGCACUCUUUAAUGUUUUUCCAGAGCGACAAGUAAAGAACCCUUCAAGGUUCUACAUUUUCUAAAGUAGCUGUAUUAUAUUCUAGACCAGAUGUAUUCAAACUUUUUCCCAAUGAGAUCCACUUCUCAGUUUUUGGAGAAUUUGUCAAUACUGUAAGAUAUACAUAUUAAAAAGGCCAUUUUGACCAUUUUCGGCUGAAACGUUUCGAUAAACACAAACAUUAUCCAUUUACCUUGUCAGAAAGUGCAGGCGCUGCAUCAGUAUCUUUCAAGCAUGGGAUAAAACAUUACAAACAUGAAAUGGAGAAGAGGCAGGGCUUCCAGAGAGUGUCAGUUAAUAUCAGAGAGUUCAAAAUACCUGUCCAAAUCUCAGUUGGCUCUGCUGUUUUUAUUAUGGGGGGGGAAGGCUGCUCUUUUGGUGUAUUUUCCAACAUAUGCAAAUGUUAAAAUGUGGUUGGCAGGUCUAAUACAGUCCGUCUCACUCUCUGUUCUAGACAAAUCAUUUUAACGUUUUAUAUUUUGUAAAUAUAUUUUUCAGCUCCAUUUUAUGAAGUAAAGUCCUCAGAAAAUAAAGUACAUUAUUGUACCUUUAAGCGUACAUUGGCUUGUCACUGGGGCAGGACCCUCUAAGGUACUUAUUUAUACUAUUUCUGUACUGCUUGGGAAAAUAUAUGUACCUUUUUGACUCUAAAAGUUAAACCCUAAAACACAUGGUUACCUUGAAGUCCAGUAACGAACCCUAGGGGGUACAUUAGUGUAGACUGUACCUUAAGGGACAGAAAUGGAUUCCUACUGUACCCGUUUCUGAAAGUGAAAAGAUUUAUUUUUCAAGAAUAAUUUUAGAUUAUCUUUAAUUUUUUUGAUUAUGCAAUAAUUAAUAAUUUUUAAAAGUAUAAAAAUUAAAACACUCUUGCAUUAAUGGAAUGGUAUAGAAAUAUAAUUAAUGAUAAAAAAUGAUGGUCUGUUUGUACCAAGAAUUUUUAUUUCAUUGUCUCCGUAACAGUUUGGCAUCAUUUCAGGAUCCCAGUGUUUGAAGGAGAAACUGCAGCAGAAAGCUGGUCGU